AUGGAGGCGCUUCCGGAGGACUUGGAGCAGGAGCCCAGGAAGAAACAGGACUUGGAGCAGCAACGGGUCAGGGAGCAGCUCGAGAAAGAGCGCCAGCAAUUGGAGGAGAUCCGAAAGGAGCACCUGCGCAAGGAGCAAGAGUUGCUGAAGGAGCGUCAGCAUUUGGAGGAGCUCAAGCGAGAGCAAAUGCGCCAGCUGGAGCAGCAAAAGAGGGAGGAGAUGCAGAGGUUGCAGCAGGAGCAGUUGCGCCAGCAGCAGAUGCAACAGGAGCAGUUGCGCCAGCAGCAGUUGCAGCAGGAGCAGUUGCGCCAGCAGCAGAUCCAGAAAGAGAAGCUUCUCCAGCAACAGAUGCAGCAAGAGCAGAUGCGACAGCAGCAGAUGCAGCAGGAACAGUUGCGCCAGCAGCAGAUGCAGCAGAUGCAGCAGAGGCAGCAAGAGCAGUUGCGGCAGCAGCAGAUGCAGCAGAUGCAGCAGGAACAGAUGCGUCAACAACAGAUGCAGCAAAUGCAGCAGGAGCAGAUCCGCCAACAGCAGAUGCAAGCUCAGCAGUUGCAGAUGCAGCAGCUGCAGAUGCAGGGCCAGCUUGGUGGGCAGGUGCAGGUGGUGCCCGUGAUGGUUCAGAUGAUCGGCCAGGAGGCGAACCGCUCCGCAAGCACCACAGCCUCGGAGAAGGACGAGAGCGAGGAGAAGCUGGCCGUGGUGCCUGUGAGCAGCUCGGGACAAGGACCUAUCUUUGGAUCUCAGCACCACUUUCACCAGAAGAACGUCACUAUGGGUGUGCUCUCUGCGGAUGCGCGCACCUUCACGAAGAAUGCCAACAAGGGCAGGCUGAGCAUCGUUUGCGAAAACCGCGUGCACUUCAAGGGAGUGGUGCGAUAUGCAGUCCAGUUCACUGAGGGCGAGCUCUGCAGCGCCGAUGGCGUUGGCUUCAUCCUGUCUUCGGACCUGCCAUGCACAAAGAACAUCCAGAGGAUCAUCUCCGUGUUCGCCAACCGCACUGGACGCAUUUGCGUGCGGGUGCACGAGGAGGUGGAGCGGUGCAAGCAGCGUGUGAAGUGCUUGGAGCUGGGUGACUGGCUUGAGGUGAUCAGUGAUUUGGAUCAGCAAACCGUGACUUUCGUCGUGUGGCCGCAGGACGAGUCGCCACCCACCUGGGCGACUGUUUCCUUCGGUGAUGUGCUCGACAAGGCCCGGUCCCGCAUCAGCAGCCUGCCGCGCUCUCCUUGCGGCUACCUGGCAGUGGUUAUGAAGCACAUGGGCGUCUCCGUGCGCCUGGGCUCUUGA